CUUUAAAUCAUUGAUUAAAAGUCCUGUUUACUCGUGUAAUUAACAGCAAUAUUUCAUAUUUCAUCUUUUAGACUUUUAUAGGUACUUUAUAUGUAUUUAAUACUAUACAUUUAUAUUUUUAUUACCCGCGCAAUAUAUUAUAAUUGUAUGUUAACUGAUUUGACAUUCCACUCGUGUAAUAUUUUAAAACAUUUAAAAUUAUACAGACAUGACGUAUAGACGUAUAAUAGUAUACCCUCGCCCAUUAUACUACGCGUACGUUAUUUUCAUAAAAAUGUUUUAAUCGUUUUAUAUUGUUUUAUAUGACUAAAAUGUUUUUAAUUUAGGCCACCCUAAGCUAUAAACAACCCCAAUAUUGAAAAGCUGGCCGUUACAUGUAUAAAUGUAUAACUAAAUAGGAUGAGUUAUGUUAGUUGGUACAAUUUAGAUUUAAAUAUUACAUACAUCACUAUUAGUAUUUUGAGGUACUAUAUUGUACUACAUUAGUCAUAAAUACGUAAACUAUACGUGUACUCGUUCGUGGGGAUUCCUAAAAAACAAAUAUUAAUCGAGUAUAUUAGUCUAAUAUAUUUUUUAGAGAUUUUUCUAAUUUGAAAGCAAGAAAGAUGAAAUUUAUUUAAAAUAUUAACAUCAUAUUUUUUUGUUAUAAUAAAUUAAUACGAUAGAUAUUAAAAUGUGUUAUUGUUCUUUACUAAAAUGUAUGUUUUACAUGACGUAUGAAAUACUUUUUGAUAAAUGUUAUGUUUGUUUGUUGAAUUUUAUCUAACUGACACCAAUAAAAUUGUUGAGUAAUUUAAACCCUGGUGCAGUGGUGCUAGAUAGUGGCCCCUAAAUAAUCGUUUGUCCUAGGGCUCAACAAUUCUAUAGUUGCGGCACUGAUAUUAGACCUCCCCCCCACACACACAACAAAGUCACGGGAUAGGACUAGGUGCGAAGUCUAUACCUACAUGAAUAUUCUAUCUCGAGUCUAUGCCCGCGUAAUCGAAUACAAAAUAAUUUAUAAUAUAAUUUACGAUAUGAUAUUGUCUUGUCACGUCAAACGCAGUCUGUCGGCGAUCACCGCCGCGACGGGCCGAAACGACGUGUACCUGAGCCAGACGGAACACGACGUCGGAUGUAAGCUCCAGCUGUGGACGUUGUUCGUGGGCUGCAAGACGGUGUACGCUGAGAGGACUCGGGUGGAGGUGCCCUCGGACGCCUCCGCUUCGGGCUGCUGGACGCCGUACGGAUGGUACGUGUUCUGCGACUCGUUGGCCAACGUCUAUCGAGUGCAGCCCGGCGCACCGGAACCGGAAAUGGUCGCGACGGCGGCGGCGGAUCCGAUCCCGGCGAAACGCGGAAGCGGCAGCGGCGGUCCGGGCGCGUUAGUGUGCCCCACCAAACAGGGUUUCGUGGUGUACGCGGUCAACCAGGACAACCGUCUAACGUGUUUCAAGGACACCAGGGGCAUUUUCUCAAAAAUAUGGACUAUGGUCGUUGACUGCACAUUGCAAUGUAUGGUAGCUGUAAAAAACGACGUUUACGGCUGGUCGGACGAGGGAACGCUGUUACAACUGACACAGAAAAAACAAAAAAUAUUGAAAGUGUACGGAUCAAAAAUCAAGUAUUUUACGUUUAUCAAACCGACGGACGAAACGGUGGCCACCAUAAACCACGCAAACAUUUUGCAAGUGUGGGAUGCUUCGACCGGAGAAUUUAAAAGCAAGAUGAAACUAAAUGGAACCGCAACGGAUUUGUGUAGUAAUCCAUUUUACUACUAUAUUGCCAUUACGUUUAAAAACGGUAAAAUGGAAUUGCUGAGAACUGUUCCCAAAGCAAACGAAAUAGAGUGCAUUGCAAGAAUAGUACUAUGUGAUGAAGACUUAUCUUCGGUAAAAUUUUUCUCUGACGGAAACAUUUGCAGUGUCACAAGUUUUCCCACAGGUCGAUUUUAUUACAUAAGUAUUACAUUAGGACAGAAAUGUACUGUAUUGAGAGAACAUCAUUUGGGAAAAUACGUUAUUGAUAUAUACAUAAUCGACGAUAAAAAAUCAUCGUUUUUGACAGUUUUAUAUACAGAUCUGAAAAACGCCGAAAAUGCUGGAAAUAAUAUUUUAAUAUUUGAUAUAAAUUUCAAUAUAGUUUUUAAAUUAAACGAUAUGCAAAAUUAUUUCACAUCGGUAUUUAAAUGGAGUUCAUGUAAAGUGCCAGGCGCAUUAAACAUAGCUUUUACUGUCUUACAGUCGAAAUGUAUUCACUUGAUGACUAUAGAUAUCGUUAAGGAAAAAAUGCUAGAGUCACAAACUAUACCAUUAGAUCAUCAAUUAAAAAGUAUUAAGACGUACACGAACGAAAAUCAUUGUGUUACAUUUAGUCCAGAUGGUUCAUAUAAUAUUUAUGAAUUUGACGAUGAUGGUCAGUGGAAACAAAUGAUUAUGGUAAAUUGCAGCCAUUGGCAAAGUGGAGGGUUGAUAGCUGCUCAAGUUGAUGUCAAUGCACAUAACAUAUUAACACUUAGCCACCAAGAAAACUUUAUGUGUACAAGCUUUAAAGGCAAUUUAAGUCGUAAUAGACGGAUUGAUAAAAUUAAUUUUCCAAUGAUCGAAGAUCAUUUUGAAACAAAAGGAAUCGGUUUUGAGGACGGACCAGAAUCACUACGACGAAUGACAUGGGAAAUGAUUAAUCAACAAAAUGAAUUGAAUGCAAGUAUAGCGGCUUAUAGUAAUCAAAAACAACAAAUCAUUCAAGAUUUUGAAAAAAUAAAAACAGAACUUCGAAAUUUAUUAGAAACCAAUGUCAAUGGGCCGGAUGACAUGAAAAUAGAUAUAGAAGAAUUCGAUUUAAAUGUAGAUUAUAGACUAAGUUUCAGAGAAAAAUGUAAGCUUGAACGUAAAGAGUACGAAGAAAAAAUUCUUAGUGACAUAAACAAGUUUAAAUUGGAAACUGAAAAUAUUAUAAAGGAAAAAUGGGAAACACUUUUCAUCAAACCAAAAUCUAUAUACUGUCUAAAAAAUAUAUAUAAAGUAGACAACUACCCAAUAAGCAUAAAAGACCAAGACAUUAUUAACAAAGCAAAUGUAAUCAUAGAAGAAAGAAUAUUAAUCAGAGAUAUGGCAGAACAAUUAUCCAGUGCGGAAGAUCCAUUUUCCAAGAAUAAUUUUGAGAUAUUAGACGUUGAAUCAAAUUCGUCGGAAUCCGAUUACAAGCAAAGUAAUGAUUUAACAAUGAUGGGUUCAAUUAGUUAUGAGUUUGUUGAAACUAUUGACACUUUAAAUUCUCAGUACAAUUAUUAUAAAUUAGAAAUGGCUGAAGAUGAAAUAAUUUUACUUAAAUUUAUGGUUAACAAAUUAAAGCAUAAAUUCAAUCAAAUAUUUGAUGAUUUGUUUACGGAAAAACAACAGCAACUGGACAAUUUGAAAGAAUAUAAUGACAGAUUACGUGUAAUUGAAACUGAAUUGAGAUUGGCAUGCAAAAUUGAACCCACCGAACCGUCUCCAGUAGAUUAUAAAUGGAAUAAAUAUGAGCAAACAGAGGAACUUUUACACGUCGAUGGCGAUGAAGUUCCCGUAGAACUGUAUCACAAUAAUGUAUUAUCCAGUAAAGAAAUGUCGAAUGACAUGAAUUCAGGUACAGGAGAACGAAACAGUGAGACGGUAACUCUUAACAACUAUAGACAGCGGGCACUGAUGAUUAUGAUGGAUGGUGUGCUGGAGAAAAGGUGGGAAGACGAAUUGAAAAAAGACGUGCCAAAACCGCAAUGCAUGGUGUUAAACAAAAAUCCUGAAGAUUUCACAGCAGACGAUUUAAAGGCUAUAGACGAGUAUGAAAAAUUAACUUUGGCUUUGAACGACGACAGAAUAAAAUACAAAAAUAUUCUUGAAGAAGAAAAGAUAAAAAUACAUCAUCACAUCGCACAGAUUAUAGAACAAUUUGACAAUAAUGUAUUUACGUUGUUUAAAAUGAAGUUGAAGUACAAUUCAGCCAUCGAUCAUGAGAAUUUAAAAAUGCUUAGGCUUUCAAAAAUGUUGAGCGAUAGUGAUCAACGAAAACACCAAAUUAAACGACACAGUGAAAUCAUUUUGGAGUUAAGAGAAGCUAUUACGGGAUUUGAACAAAUUAUUGCGGAAACGAAUAAAAAAAUUGCAAAAACCGAGCCAAAUUCUUUGCUCAAUACUAUAGAAUCGUUGAAUCACAAAAACAACAUUCUUAAUAAACGUUUUAAGUCUGAGUUUCCUUCCAAACUAAUUUACGAACAAGCAUUAAUCGCCUACAACCGGAGACCUAAAAUACAAGGCAAUAAAAACUAUUCGUCAAUACUUGGUUACCAGUUUGUCAAUACCAUAAUGGAUCCAUCUGAUGAUAAGCUACAUCUUUUGACCCCGGAAUUCGUUAAAUAUUUAGAUACACUUAGGGUAUAUGACGAUUAUAAAUAUGUAGAUGAUUAUAAGCUGAAUAUGGACAGAGAAACUUGGCAUAAGGUUUGCAAUUUUAGACGAAUGAAAAUUGAGUCAGAAUUUAAGAUCAGUACAUGUCAACAAGACGCAACAGACAAAGACAAUUUAUUGGAUAGCUUAAAGCGCGACAAAGAAGACAAGGAAGCAAUGAUUGAGAAAUUAAAAAUGACUAUCAUCAGAUUAGAAAACCAAGAUUUGUAUUAUGAGGAUAACCCUGAGGUUCAAUUAGUAGUGUCUCAGGGGAACGUUGAAACCGUAUUAACAGGACACUUUAGCGAUUUCGAAAACACUACACUUAUUUCUAAAAAUGCUAUUGAUAAAGUGAACACCGAAAUCAAAAAAAUGGGCAGUACUAAAAUUGAUGCUUUAUCCAAUUUACUGAAGUUCAAACGUAAAUGUCGAUUUUUAAAAUGGGAACACGAUAUUUUAAAAAACCACAAAAUUCCAUUGUAUAAAUUUCGUUUUGAUCUUAUAACGUCAAUGAAAAUAACCGAAAAUGUGUUAAACUACUUGAAGUUUAAGAUGAAAGGAAUAAAUAAUGCAGAACAAGCUGAACAAAACGUGGACAAAGAACUAGCAGCAAUUAAAUUUACUUACACAAAACAGAAAGAAAAGCUAAAUGAAAAGUUAAACGAAAUGUACAAAACAGAAAGAGAUACUAAGAAUAAAAACAAAAAGGCCGAUGAAGAGAUAGACCAAAUGACGUGUGAAUUAACCAAGUUGAAGUGCCUGAUAGAUUACGGUUUAAACGACAAACUGAUGCAUCACAGUGGUGAAAAGAUGAAAGAUAUAAUGAAAUUUACACAGAUAAAUACAAAAGUACUAGAAUUGCACAAAGAAAUUGAAGCGUUGCAGAUAGAAUUGGAAUUACUGCUCCUCAGAACUUUUCCAACUCUGUACACUAAUUCUCCAAAAAACACUAGCAUAAGCAAAUAGUAUGAUUUUAUUUUAUUUUGACACCCAAAUAUUACACUUAAAUUUUCUAUUUUUACAGACAAAUUAUUCGCUAUAAUCUAUAUUUUAAAGUUACAUUUUAAAAUAGACAUACAAUAAAUAAAAGAUUUUUAGUAUUUUUAAAAUCGAGUUGAUAGAUAAAAUAUAUAAUAUUAUACAAGCUUAGAUAAUAAAAAGAAGAAUAUCGUAAUAUGUGUAGUGUGUAUAUUGUAUAGGUUAAGUGUAAAAACAUGGUGCAACUGUGCAAGAUAAUGUUAUACUGACUACUUUAGACUUUAAUGAUUUUAACAAAAUUGAUAUCAAUAAAAAAAAAUAAAAAUAAAAUCCAAUCACAUGACUGAAUGAAGCAAAUGAGCAAUGUAUCUCAGUUUAUAGGUAAUAACUAAUAGUACUUAUCAUGCCAUAUGGCAUAUUUUUAGCGAAGUUGUUCUUUUCGUGAAGUGAAUGUAACUAUGUAAGUAGGUAAACAGUUUUACUAAUACUUUGUAUUUUAUCCCUUGUUAGUUAUUUUCAUUUUACACUUAGUUGGUUGCUAUGUAAUAUUUUAUUUUUGAAAUUUCACAACUUCUUCAUAAUAAAAUUCUUUCCUCAUUAUGGAUAGUUUUCGCAUAAAUUAUAAUAUAUUUUUUUCAAAAAUACAAUACAGAAAAAUGUUUUUAACAUUUACACCAUUUUCCAAAUUUGUAUUACUUAUUAGUUAUAUUAGCAUAAUAUAAAGUUAUCCUCGUAUUAUUGAACUAGGGGUCAUUAUGUAAUACGUUUUUCAAUAAAAAGCAGAAUUUAUGAUAUUAAUGAAAAAAUAAAUAUAAUGUUUAUAAU